GGAGUGAACGAGUAAGAGGCGAUACGGCUGACUUGCCACACUCGCCGCUGCCUUUGCCAUGAAGUUAAAACGUCCCUGAAGCUAGCUCUCCUCUCCUUGAAAGAAACGUGGAUUUGAAACGACGCCCGCUUUUACUCACAUGUAUGACAACUACGCCAUUUUAUUUUUAGUAAACUCACAUCGGGUAUUACUCCAGCGGUCGACACAGCCUGCAGCGACUUCACCUCAGAUUCAGAUUGUUUGCCCGACGACGGAAUAACGCUUUAAAUGACAUUUUCUCUCACGGGAGAGGAGACUUUGCUGAAUGAAACUUUGUACCAUUUCUGCCGGAGGGGUGAAGAAGCGCGUAUGCCGGGUGCCGUGUUGAUUUAAAAUAACCGAGUUAUUUGCAGCUGUGGACCGCUGGAUGGGACGCAGAUAAAAUGUUUGGUCACCUCAAGUUCCAGUUUGGGAGGUUAGCAACAAUGUCAGGGGUCGCACGUUUUGGAAAAUGAUUACUGGCAGCACCGACGGUAAAAUAAUGGUCAGAAGAUGUCUAGUAACGUUCAAACCGUUCAGGAUAUUCGUGGUGGGAAUAGGCUUCUUCAGCCUGUGCUUUCUAAUGACCUCUCUGGGGGGGCAGUUCUCAGCCAAGAGACUGGGGGACUCCCCCUUCACCAUCCGCACAGAAGUGCUGGGAGGCGUGGAGUCACGUGGUGUGCUGAGGAAGAUAAGUGACAUGCUGGAGGUUAUUCUGAAGAGGAUGGACAGUCUGUCCAAACUUGACAACACCUCCACCACCGACGCACGGCGCCUGGAUGAGCUCAGCUCUGCUAUCAACAAGUUUCAACCAGCUGGCCUGGUGGAGAGGAUCCAAGCCAUAGCCCAGAACGUCUCCAACAUGGCCAUCAGGGUGGAGCAGAUACUGCAAAACAGCAUGUUGCAAGGAAGAGCAGUGAGAGAUGGGACGUCAAGCCAGUGUGAAGUACCAAGAGACCCCCGCUUUCCAGAGUGCUCCGGGAAAGUAGAUUGGAUGCGUGCACGUUGGACAUCGGACCCUUGCUAUGCCUUCUACGGUGUUGACGGUUCAGACUGCUCCUUCCUCAUCUACCUGAGCGAGGUGGAGUGGUUCUGCCCCCCACUGGUUUGGAGGAACCACAGCAGCCCCCCCAUCCAGCACGCACAGCUGGCAAAGGCCCCCAAGAGACAGGCUGCCUUCCGCACAGACCUCUCUGUACUGCUGGACCAGGUUGGGACAGGAAAGGAGUCCCUCAGCUUCAUGAGGCGCCGAAUUCGUCGCCUUGCACAGCAGUGGGCAACGGCUGCCAAUCGCCUGGAUGCCAAGCUGGAGCAACAAUGGAGAGACCAGAAGAAGAUCCUGGUCCAUGUCGGCUUCCUAACAGAAGAGUCUGGAGAUGUUUUCAGCCCAAAAGUGCUGAAGGGGGGUCCUCUGGGAGAGAUGGUCCAGUGGGCGGACAUCCUCACUGCCCUCCAUGUUUUGGGACAUAACCUCAAGAUCUCCAUGUCUGUCAAGGAGCUGCAGGGUUUCCUCGGCGUGCCCCCAGGCAGAGGCAGUUGCCCACUGACUGGACCGCUGCCCUUUGACCUCAUCUACACUGACUACCACGGCCUGCAGCAGAUGAAGCAACACAUGGGGCUCUCACUCAAGAAACACAAAUGUCAUAUACGAGUGAUUGACACGUUUGGGACGGAGCCAGCAUACAAUCAUGAAGAGUAUGCAACGCUGCACGGCUACCGGACCAACUGGGGCUACUGGAACCUCAACGCCAGGCAGUACAUGACCAUGUUCCCUCACACACCGGACAACUCAUUUAUGGGCUUCGUUUCGGAAGAGCUUAAUGAAACGGAGAAGAGCAGCAUCCAGCAGAACAAAGUCAACAACAUGGCUGUAGUGUACGGGAAAGAGGCCAGCAUGUGGAAGCUUCAGCAGGGUAAAGAAGGUUUCCUGCAGAUUCUCCACAAGUACAUGGAGGUCCAUGGCACAGUAUACUAUGAGACCCAGAGACCCCCGGAGGUCCCAGCCUUUGUGAAGAACCAUGGCCUGCUUCCCCAGCAUGAGCUGCAGCAACUGCUGCGCAAGGCCAAGCUCUUCAUUGGCUUUGGUUUCCCCUACGAAGGCCCAGCCCCUCUGGAAGCAAUAGCUAAUGGCUGCAUCUUCCUGCAGCCCAAGUUCCGCCCACCUCACAGCUCACUGAAUCACGAGUUUUUCAGAGGCAAGCCCACUUCUAGAGAGGUGUCCUCCCAACACCCGUAUGCAGAGCAGUACAUUGGUAGACCUCACGUCAUGACCGUGGACUACAACAACUCCCAGGAGUUUGACUCUGCGAUCAGGGAAAUCAUGAGGACUAAGGUUGAGCCAUAUCUGCCUUAUGAGUACACCUGUGAGGGGAUGCUGGAGAGAGUACAUUCCUACAUACAGCAUCAGGACUUCUGUGCCCCAGAGCCUCCCUUCAUUCCAGCCAACCUCUCCAGACACGGGUCUGCUGGUGGCAGCAGGAUUACAGGACCUCUGUUUGUGCCCCUGUCCAAUUCCACAGCCCUUGGCUGGUUGUCUAGUGUGAUGGCUCCCCCUGCCUGGCCGCCUCUCAGCUCCCUCAGGCUGCUCGUAUCUCAAGAGGGCCAGUCCUGUGUGGAGGCGUGCCAUUCAGCUGGUUUCAUCUGUGAGCCUGCUCACUUCCGCUUCAUCAACAACAAGGAGGCCCUGCGCGGGUUGGAGGUGCAGUGCGAGGUGGUAGACUCUGAGAUCAACCACAUCCUUCCAGCGUUCUCGGUGGUGCGGCGGGAGUGCGGUCUCCAGCGGGAACCCCUCCUCUUCAGCUGUGCAGGACACUCCCCUAAAUACAGACGUCUUUGCCCCUGCAGGGACUUCCGCCACGGCCAAGUGGCGCUCUGCAGAGACUGUCUAUAGUGAUGGGGCACAUGCAGGACAGACACAAAAGAAUUAGAGACAGAUUGGUGGGGAAAAAGGGCACCCACAGGCCAGAACUGAUGUAGAGCUUUGACAAAUUACCUGAUAGUGCAGAGAGGCAGCUUCCCCCCAAAACAGUAAAUGUAGGAUGAUGAGAAACAGGCAUGCAUGGAUUUUGAAGAGCUGAAAGUAAGCCUGAAUAGCUGCCAGGUUGUAGGUGGGUAUUUUGGUUGACUGUUUUUGUGAAAACAGCUCUUAUACUGUAUCUUGCUGGAGAUGAAAAUCUGUAAGACUUCCUAGAACAGGGCUCCAGUGAUACCAGGUGUUUUUACACCCAGGUGCAAGGGCCUUUGUUACCACUCACCAUACCAACAACCUUUCACAUUAACACUCAGACUACAGGAUAAUAGUUUCUACAAGAUGUUGACCAGUGAUAUGACACACACAUUUCACUAAGUUUAAACAUGUACACUUAAAGAAACGUGUGACUCCAGAUAAACUCAACAUCGGGACUAUAGUGUCAUUCCAUGACAGAGUCUUCAAAUAUCUUGUCUUGAAGAAGGCAACCUCGGGUCAAUAUUCAAUCUCCUCUCUGCACUUGGACAAAGGAUGAUGGACAACCAGGUUUUCUCCCUCGAUUUUUCUCCCCUUCUCCAAUGAUGGGCAGAGUCAUUUAUCAGACUGAACCCCAAGUCUGAGGCAACAUCGGUCAAUCAUCUCUGUUCGCAAAAAGAGAGAGGGGUAGGACAGAGGACAAAGAUAAAGGGUACAAGAUUAUUUUUCAAUAAAUAAGCCUUUAGAGCUCUCUACUGGAUUUUUAAAGAGUCCUCUGGGCUUUAUGAUGGAAAAAAAAUCAUAAAAUAAAAAAAUCAGAACA